CAACUCACAACAAUCCCCAACUCCCAUUUUUCACACACACAACUUCUCUUUCUCUUGUGUGUGCAUUUGAUAUAGCCAGGGAAUUGGGGGGGAUUCUUCACUUCUCCAUAAAAGGGUUCAAGAUCCCAAAUCCACACUCUAGAUUCUCUCUUACAGAAUCCUCUCAUCCCAAACCUAACUGUCUCUAGCUAGCUAGGUUGGGCAGCAACAGAGGUGGUGCUGAUCAUCAUCAAUUGAUCCUCACCUAAUUAGAAAAUGGCCAAUUGUAUGAGGGAGCUUUGUACUAUUAAUCGCGAGGGAAAGAAAGUGAAUGAUGUGGAAGAUCACGGGGAGGAGUUUGGUGGAGAUUAUGGGGAUGAGAUGAGUGCAGCUGGUACUAUUACGAUGGACGGGACAGUGGAUUGGAAAGGCCGGCCGGCGAUCAAAUCCAAAUCGGGGCAGUGGACUGCCGGAAUCAUCAUCCUUCUGAACCAAGGGCUGGCUACCUUGGCAUUCUUUGGAGUUGGAGUGAACCUGGUGCUAUUUCUUACCAGAGUUCUGCAACAGGACAACGCUGAAGCUGCCAACAAUGUCAGCAAAUGGACUGGAACCGUGUACAUAUUCUCCCUUGUUGGUGCUUUCCUCAGUGACUCCUACUGGGGAAGAUACAAGACUUGUGCCAUUUUUCAAGGCAUCUUUGUCAUGGGUUUGGUGUUACUGUCACUGUCAUCAUACCUCUUCUUGCUCCGCCCAAAAGGCUGUGGGGAUGCCAUAACCCCAUGCGGAGUACACACCAACAUGGAAGUAGGACUCUUCUACCUCUCCAUCUACCUCAUUGCCCUAGGAAAUGGAGGAUACCAGCCCAACAUCGCGACGUUUGGGGCAGAUCAGUUCGACGAGGAAGACCCCAUCGAAGGGCACUCGAAAGUCGCCUUCUUUAGCUACUUCUACUUGGCCUUGAACUUGGGCUCCCUCUUCUCCAACACCAUCUUGGGCUACUUCGAGGACGAAGGCGUGUGGGCGAUCGGAUUCUGGGCGUCUGCUGGCUCUGCCUUCGCUGCUCUGGUCCUGUUCCUCGCGGGUUCGAGCAGGUACCGCCAUUUCAAGCCCACGGGGAACCCAUUGGCGCGGUUCUGUCAGGUGCUUGUGGCGUCCAUAAAGAAGUGCAAGUUUGCAUUGGGAGGAGAUGGCGAUGGCUUGUAUGAUGUUGAUGCCAAAGACGGCUCUGGCAGUGGGAAUGGGAGGAAGAUCCUGCACACUCAUGGAUUCAAGUUUCUGGACAGAGCAGCUUACAUUUCAUCAAGAGAUAUAGAUGAUCAGAAGAGAGGUUACCGUAACCCGUGGAGGCUGUGCCCUGUAUCACAAGUAGAGGAAGUGAAAUGCAUACUGAGACUCCUCCCCAUCUGGCUCUGCACCAUCAUCUACUCCGUCGUCUUCACGCAGAUGGCCUCCCUGUUCGUCGAGCAAGGCGCUGCAAUGAACACAACCAUAGCCAACUUCAAGAUCCCGCCAGCCAGCAUGUCGAGCUUCGACAUCCUCAGCGUCGCCCUCUUCAUCUUCCUGUACAGACGAGUACUGGACCCUUUGGUCGCGAGGAUCAGGGGAACGAGUGCCAAGGGGCUUACCGAGCUGCAGAGGAUGGGGAUCGGGCUCGUGAUCGCUGUAGUAGCGAUGGUCUGUGCAGGGACCGUGGAGUGCUACAGGCUCAAAUAUGCACAGAAGGAUUGCCUGCGUUGUGAAGGGUCGAGCUCCUUGAGCAUAAUGUGGCAGAUACCGCAGUAUGCACUGAUAGGAGCCUCCGAGGUUUUCAUGUACGUCGGGCAGUUGGAGUUCUUCAACGCUCAGGCCCCCGACGGGCUCAAGAGCUUUGGCAGCGCGCUGUGCAUGACCUCGAUCUCGCUUGGGAACUACGUGAGCAGCCUGCUGGUGACGAUGGUGAUGAAGAUCUCGACCGUGGACCACAUGCCAGGGUGGAUCCCGGGGAAUCUGAACAUAGGUCACCUUGACAGGUUCUACUUCCUGCUGGCCGCCCUGACAUCCCUCGACCUGUUUGUGUACAUUGCUUGUGCCAAGUGGUACAAGAACAUCAAGCUUGAAGGGAAGAAUAACAGCAACUCGGAGGAAGAAGAAGAUGAUGAUGAUUAUAGUGAUGAUAGCCACAAGUGUGAAGUCUAAGUUAUGUAACUUGGUCUGUGUUAACAAGUUGAAGCAUCGUAGCAAGCAGUAUAGAUGAAUAAACUGAGUGGAAUGGGUUUCUUUAGCUUCUGCAGAAAGAGGGGAAUGUGUGCUGAUCUGAUCUAAGCUAGGGAUUGGGAAACGAGGAAGGUUUUUAAUGAGAGUGGCUGUAACUUUUGUCAGCAACCCUCAUUCUAGAUCUAGGCCUAGAAAUCAAGUGUAUGAUUAUCAGCAAGUUCAAUGUUCAGAGAAUGAAUUGGCUUCCAUCCUACACAGUACUGUCUUCUUCAAGCGCUGCUGUAACUGCAGAUACUCAAAGCUACUUUUCGACAAACAUGAACACCGAUAAAAGCAUGUAAACUUC